AAUGAAAGUUGGCAUCGCUGCACAAAAAUAAGCUUCAACCGCCAAAAAUUGCGAAAUAAGUUUUGUUUGUUUGUUUACGCUACCGGUGAUUUACUUCUGGAAUCGCAAUUGUCUCGUUGUAUAUGCAACCUGAAGAAAAAUCAAUUGAAAUCGUAGAACCGGCUGCAAAGAAAAUGAAAGUUGAUGGAAAAUGUGUAAUGCGCUGGGCGAAGCUAACCGAGCUGGCUUUUGAGCCCGUUCGUGGGUCGGAACGUGCUGCUGGUUUCGAUUUACGCAGUGCCUAUGAUCUAACUGUACCAGCUCGUGGCAAAGCGCUAGUAAAGACCGACUUGCAAAUUGAAGUGCCGAACGGUUCGUACGGUAGAGUAGCGCCUCGCUCUGGUCUGGCUGUUAAGAACUUUAUUGAUGUGGGCGCUGGAGUUAUUGACGAAGAUUACCGUGGCAAUCUAGGCGUUGUACUAUUCAAUCAUUCCGAAACAGAUUUUGAUGUCAAACGUGGUGAUCGCAUUGCACAGCUCAUAUGCGAACGCAUUUUCUACCCUGAUCUGGAGCAAGUCGAUAAAUUGGAUGACACUCAACGGGGUGAAGGAGGUUUUGGUUCAACUGGCGUUAAAGAUUUGCCGCCCGUAGCAGCAGCAGAAGCGAAGAGUGAAGAAGCUAAUGGAAAAUAAAUUUCAUUUAAAUUCGAAGCCAAUUUACAUUGCUGCGAAUUUGUAAGUAGUGUUUAAGUUUUUAAGUGUAUUAUAUUAUACUAAUCUUUGUUUAUUUAAUGUAAUUAAACACUUCAUUUUUAUAACUUUUAA